AUGAGCGCCCCCGCCACCCCCGUAACCGUACCCGAGGGUGCCGAGCGCGCGACCGUCGCCGCGGGCUGCUUCUGGGGCGUCGAGCACCUCUACCGCAAGCACUUUGCCGACAAGGGCCUGUACGACGCCCGCGUGGGCUACAUCGGCGGCGACGCGGCCGACCCUUCCUACAAGGCCGUCUGCAGCGGCAACACGGGGCACGCCGAAGCGACCCUCCUAAUCUACGACCCCGCCCGGCUCUCCUACACCACGCUCCUCGAGUUCUUCUACCGCAUGCACGACCCCACGACGCUGAACCAGCAGGGGCCCGACACGGGGUCGCAGUACCGCAGCGGCAUCUUUUACCACACGCCCGAGCAGGAGGCCAUCGCGCGGGACGUGACCAAGCGUGCCGGAGAGCAGUGGUGGAACGGCAAGAUCGUGACGGAGCUCCUGCCGGCGCAGCAGUGGUGGGAUGCUGAGGACUAUCAUCAGCUGUAUUUGGAUAAGAACCCCCAUGGGUAUGAGUGCCCGAGUCACUUUUUGAGGCCGUUUCCGGAUCUGAAGUAG